GGCAGUCGGUGUGGCUCUGAUUCCAGAGGCGAGUGGCCGGCAGUGCGCCCUCUCAGAAUACUUCAAGGCUGCGGACACCUGGAUGGGAUAAUGCAGCUCUAUCUGACGACUGUCUUCAUCCUGGUGGCCUCACUUGUGAUGUCAUCACCGCCUCCGACGACAUCUUCAGCUCCACCGCCGGAUUGGGGGGAGCCAAACCAAGACAUGGCUUCAUUCCCAGACCCAGACUCUGUAGCCCAAUCGGAGGAUGACAGGUCAUCCAACCGUGGUCUACUUCCACAUCACGGUAAUGACACUGGACUCAAUCAACGAGGAGUCUAUGACGUACGCCGCCGACAUCUUCUUCGCGCAAAGCUGGAUGGAGCACCGUCUGCGGUUUCCGAGCAACAUGAGCACCGACUACCGGCUGCUGCCCGUCUCCUGGCUCAACCACAUCUGGCAGCCCGACUCCUACUUCAAGAACGCGAAGCAGGUCACGUUCCAGGAGAUGACCAUCCCGAACCACUACAUCUGGCUGCACCACGACCGCACCAUCCUCUACAUGGUUAAUUUCCUACACCACGGACGACCUGGUAUUUGUAUGGGACCCGAAGGUGCCAUUGGUCGUGGACCACAUUGAGCUGCCUCAACUGGACCUGGUGAAGAAUACUACAGGAGACUGCACCCAGCUGUACGCCACAGGAAACUUCACGUGCGUGGAGGUGGUGUUCACCUUCAAGCGUCGACUCGGCUACUACCUCUUCCACACGUACAUCCCCACCUGCCUGAUCGUCAUCAUGUCGUGGAUCUCGUUCUGGGUGCGGCCAGAGGCCGUGCCGGCCAGGGUCACCCUGGGCGUCACCUCUCUGCUGACGCUCGCAACUCAGCACUCCAACUCACAAAAAGCCCUGCCGCCAGUUUCCUAUAUCAAGGCAAUCGACAUCUUCAUGUCAUCCUGCAUGGUGUUCGUGUUUCUUUCGCUGAUGGAGUACGCCGUUGUCAAUAUCAUACUCGGCGACUUCAUCGACUCGGACGAGGGCAUGUCCAAGAGCAACGCACGCACCUCCGUGUUCGUCCACCCCAACAAGCUGCUCUACAAAAAUGAGACGCGCGCACCCGUGCAGAUCAGCUCCGCCUGCCCGCGCCACGGCCACCUGCUGGAGGAGGGCGCAGAGAACGGUUCACUGCGCCACCGCUGCGGCCCCAGCCACGCCAAGCCGUGCUCAGGGCCCAGCUCCGCCGCCGCCAAGGCCUCCCAGCACAGGGCACGGCAUCUCGAGCGGCGCGAUAAGGCGCUCUUCGUCGACCGCUUCUCGCGCGUGCUCUUCCCCACCUCGUUCAUCGUCCUCAACGCCAUCUACUGGCUGGUGUAUGCGGUCGACUGGGAGGAGCUGUGGGAGCGGUUCUCGUAAGGGUCGCGGUGUCGGCGGCGCCGACGCGGACCGGCCAGUGAGCUCAGGCCCUGACAGGCGGCGUGGGUGGGAGGACAUGUGCUGGUGUCGUGCCAGUGUCCGCCCAGGCGCGAGGACGAGUGCGUCGCGGCUGCCCGGCCGCUCUCUUGGUAGAGCCCGGUGGCGUGGAGGUGCACACGUGCGGGUGCUCCCUGUCGGUGGCGUGGAGGUGCGCACGUGCGGGUGCUCCCUGUCGGUGGCGUGGAGGUGCGCACGUGCGGGUGCUCCCUGUCGGUGGCGUGGAGGUGCGCACGUGCGGGUGCUCCCUGUCGGUGGCGUGGAGGUGC